GUUGGAGUCUACAAUUCGCACAACAGCAUCGGCCAUGCCCAGAGAUUGGGACCAUGUCUAGACCUUGAGGACCUCAAGAGCAGGAGAUGGUGCAGUUUCAUUCUCUGCUCGGAAUGAAGCCAAACCCAGGCUUUGGAAUAUUAUAUAACUUAUAUAACAGUGGUAAGUCAGGUCUUUCUGGGUUUGCUUGGGUUUGCUAGUCAAGAUCUAUCACUAGUUAAGUUUCCCUAAAAAUCUAGGAACCAAAUCAUUGGUGCGAGCGCCGCAUUUAGGGCGGCGGGGGGAGCUUCCUUGAAGAAGCGCGAGCUAUCCUGCGUCUAAGUAGUAGCUACUUAAGCUACUAGCUACCUCUCCUACUAGUUACUAGCUACCUACCUCUACUCGCAGCCCACCCCCAACCCUUACAAAAGAAACAACAAAAUGUCAAACAUUGGCUGGGCCGCUGAGACUGGCCAGGUCACGUUCGCCCAGAAGUUGUAUCAGUACAAGGCGACCAAAGAUUGGGCAAAUCUGAAGAAGCUACUUGCGCAGGUUGCAGAAGACAAUUACAGCCGUCGUGAUCAAUUUGGUCGUAUUCCACGCACUGUGCCUGUCAGCUAUGCGGAUUGCCAAAGGUGCAAACCGCCCAGGGACUCGGUGCCCAUCAUCUCGUUUUCCAAGAUGGACACCGCGGAUGCUUGCCUGAUGUUCGCAAAGCAAAGACGCCGCGUGUGUGCCUUGAACUUUGCGAAUGGCAAAGAGGUCGGUGGAGGCUACAAGCAUGGAGCCACCGCACAGGAAGAGGACCUUUGCAGGCAAAUUCCAUUGCUUUACUCGUCAUUGAUAAAUGCGCAGAAGAGUGAUCUUUACCCUUUUGGUCCACCCACCUGCUCAUCACCGCGGAAGCCGGAGAAAUACAGCGACGUCCUUUACACGGGCAACCUGACCAUCGGACGCGCCGGGGCAGAAGAAGGGUUCCGGAUCUUGAAACCCUCAGAACAGGUCACAGUGUCUUUAGUUGCAGCAGCUGCCCCAAACAUCAAGUUCAGCAAGGAUGUCAACGAUGAAAAGCUGAUUUACAGGACCAUGAUGACAAUUUUCAACGCACCCCAUGUGGCCGAGAGUGGCGCGAUUGACACGCUGGUCUUGGGUGCUUGGGGCUGCGGAGCAUUUGGUGGAAAUCCAGUGCAGAUAGCCGGACUGUUCAUCAAAGCCUUGGUGGAAGAUGGACUUGGACAGGGCUACAAAGAAGUUCAUUUUGCCAUCCCUCAGUUUAGCGUGGAGGAUCAGAAUUAUGAGAUGUUCCGUGAAGUCUUCAAAAGAAGUAUUCCCGAUGUCAAGGACUAUGAUUCAUGACUCAGUAGAGGCCCGCUGCCACUGACCUCAGCACACCAAUGAAAAAGUUGUGUGGAGACGCACUGCCUUUUUUCCCAAGCUGAUUGGAACAAGUGUUUCGAAGAAUUCACUUCCACUUGUUGAAAUGAAAUGUAUCUUCCAAUUUUGAAUAUAUAGAACCACUCAAACUUGGAGAGUAUCGUCAUGCCACUUUGAGUCCCAA